GAAGACCCGGUCGUCGGGCGAGUCGAUGAACUCGUUUGUCGGAAAUGCGCCGUUUUUGCAAAAAACCGUCUCUGGUAGUUGAAAAGCACAAUUAUUUUUUGCUUUCUGUGCUGUGCUAUGCCUAUACGGCAUUAGCUGGGUCUAAAUAUGUGAUAAAUGGUAAAUGUAUUUACUCUCCUGCUUUGCCCUUGCUAGCACCUUCAGCUGCGUAGGUAAUAAGAAUGGGCGGAAAUAGUGAAAUGGACGCUGAGGACAUCUCGCGGCAAAUAUCGGAAUUUCUAUCUACUGCGAUCGCCGCCGAAGCUCCUGUAGCGCUGCUGACGUCGGGCGGUACUGCCGUGCCUCUAGAACGCAACACCGUCCGCUUCCUCGACAACUUCAGCACAGGAAAACGUGGCGCAGCGUGCGCCGAGAACCUCCUGGCUAAAAGAUAUCAUGUUCUCCUGCUACAUCGUCGCGGCUCCCUGGCGCCGUUUCUCCGUCACAUCGACCCAGCUGCGAUCCUGGCUGACCUGGAGCCUCCCGCGGAGGAAAGCGGCUCGUGCACACUUGUCGGUGCCUCGGCACGGUCGCUCACGGCACCUGUGCGCGCGUGGAGGGGUUCUCGUGACCGUCUGCUGACCAUUCCUUUCACAUCAGUAGACGAUUAUAUCUCCCUUCUCGAGCUGGCUUGUAAAUCCGUGUGCCCCCUUGGCUCGAGAGCGACGGUGAUUCUAGCUGCCGCGGUGUCUGAUUUCUACAUUCCCAAGGAGGAUCUACCCGAGCAUAAGCUGCCCUCCGGCUCGGAACCCCUGACGUUGACCUUGCAGCCGGUGCGGAAGGUGGUCGGCGACCUGACCUCACUCUGGUGCCCCGAUACAUUCACGGUGACCUUCAAGCUGGAGACGGAUGCCAGUGUGUUGGAAAAGAAGGCCCGUGCUGCGCUAGCACGGUACGGCCAUCAGCUGGUGGUUGCCAACCUUCUGCAAACGAGACGUGACGCCGUUACCAUGGUUACCGCCGCAGAGGCGGUCACAGUGACGCGAGUCGGGGAGGAGGAGCUGGAGGUUAGGAUUGUGGAGGAGCUAGUCAAAAGGCAUGACGAGUUUAUGAAGUCGAAGUGAUGUGGGGGUCGAAUAGGGGGUUGGCAAUCGUGUGUGCUUUGCCUUGCCAGCGUGUGAAUUCAGAUUGUCCAUAAUUGGUCCAUAUGGGCUUGUCUUCCUCAGGAUGGUUGUCAUGUGUGCCAUUUUGUUCGAGCACAACCGGUGCCAUCAGGUUUGAUGUAUUGGACCCAAUGCAACUUUGUUUGAGAGCUGAUGUUAAGAAGUCAAUCGGCUGACCCGUCGUUAAGUUCGGGUGGCAUUUUAUUUAGCCUAUGGUUUAUCAGCGCUUUGUGGUUAACGGCUUUGAGUUUUGAAGUCGAUUUAGCUUGUAUGUUGUGAUCGCAGUGAGGCAAGCUCGGGUUUGUAUCAACCUGUGAUCAUGUAGAUUCGAACGGUGAAACAUGUGAUUUAUAAAAUGAGAGCGGUAAGUUAUAGUAAGAUAAUUAUUUGUCUAGCAUUGCUGUUUUCACUGCCACGAUGGGAAAUUAAAUAAAAAUGGUUCCUAA